AUGGCAGGUGGGAAAGGCCACCAUAUAAGAUGGAAUGAAAGCUCACUCAAUGUAACAAUCUUACCACACAACUCCAUGGAAACUCUCCGGAGAAAGAGCGGUUCCGGUGACAAGUUUUCUUUCCCUAUCAUCCCAAUUCAAGACCAACAAUUUGAGUUCGAGUUCGGUUGUGUCACGCCGGGCUCGCCGAAUUCUCCGGCUGAUCACCUGUUCUUCAAUGGCCAGCUUUUACCCCAUCCUUUUCCGCUUCAAGCGACAAACAUUACUGGUAUUUAUUCUCGAUCCACGAGUAGAACAAGCACUGUAAGCAGCAAGGACUCUCUGAUGUCGUCACGGAGCAAUAGUACUAACAGUAGGAGUAGCAGCUGCAGUAGUGCAAGAACAAGCACAAGUGAGGCAUCUGAGAGGAAAGCAAUGGGUCAGGCCAAGUUUUCCGGUAAAACGGCGGUGAAAAAUAGGCUUGUUUUGAAUCAUCAAUAUGGGUCUUCUAGGAGGUGGCAGUUCAUUACGCCGGCACCGGUUGUGAAGCACCAAAUUUCAUGCCGGAAAAGAGCUGAAGCAGCGGUGCAAGACGAGUUGAGAGCAAAGAAAGAAGCAAGGGACAAGACCGGUGGGUUUGGCCGGAGAUUUUUCAGGUCAUUUGUGUCAGCAUGCAGAGAAUGUCACGCCAUGAAUCCUCCAAAGAGGGACACUGUCCUGCAAGAAACUAUGUAAUUGCUGGAGUACUUCAAUAGUUAAUGAGUCCAGCCAAUUCCUUUUCAAAUAAUUUUGCUUAGGUUUGUACCCAAUUUACCUCACGCCUCAAUACACGAGGCUCUCGCAAAUGCCCGAGAACUAAGGAGUAUCAUGUGUACGCACAACUCAAUACACAAGGCUCGCGCAAAUAUCCGAGAGCUAAGGAGUAUCAUAUGUACGCACGCAGCUUACCCGCAUCCAGAGAAGUUGACUUAACCGAGUGUCUUUUUUUUUUUUUUUUGGCAUUGUGUGGUUAGCAUUUCAAAGUUUCUAGAAGUAAAAACUAGUUCAGUUGUU